AAGACGGGGUCGGCGUAGUGAGGUGUCGCCCCCACCAUGGCCAGCAGAGCGGAGAGGAAGCAGAGAUUGAGUGCCCAGUUGAACGUUGGCCGCGGUGCCCGCCGGAGGGCCGCCCAGGCUGACGCCGCCUCGAGGCCUGACUCUCCGACUCCCGAGCUGGAUCCCGAGCCCGAGCCCGAGCCCCUCGAGGAGGAGUUUGAGCCAGUGUCAGAGGAGCCCAAGGCAGAGAGAGAAGAACUACCGGAGCCCGAGGCGGAUGUGAAGCCCCUUUUCCUGUCCCGGGCCAUGCUGACGGGCCUGGCGGCCGCUGAAUGGACAGCAGAGCACGACGCCGCCCUGGAGCGCUUCGCCCAGGACCCUUCGGAGCCCGUCCUCACCAUCUUCGUGGACCCCUGCGCGGGGCUGAAGCUGGACCUGGGCAUGCCCGUGCAGACGCAGAACCAGAUCGUCUACUUCAUUCGCCAGGCGCCGGUUCCCAUCACCCCAGAGAACUUUGAGGCCACCGUGCAGUUUGGGACAGUGCGUGGCUCCUACAUCCCGGCCCUGCUUCGGCUGCUCAGUGGUGUCUUUGCCCCUCAGAUCUUCACAAACACAACGUGGCCUGAAAGCAUUCGCAAUCAUUUCGCUUCUCAUCUGCACAGAUUCUUGGCCUGCCUGACAGACACUCGGUACAAACUGGAGGGGCACACCGUUCUCUACAUCCCCGCAGAGGCCAUGAACAUGGCGCCCGAGGUGGUGGUGAAGGACAAAGAGCUGGUGCAGCGGCUAGAGACCUCCAUGAUCCACUGGACCCGGCAGAUAAAGGAGGUGCUCAGUGCCCAGGAGUCUGUGGAGAUGGGAGAAAAUUUAGGUCCCUUGGAGGAGAUUGAGUUCUGGCUCAAUCGGUGCAUGGACCUGUCUGGCAUCAGUAAACAGCUGGUGAAGCAGGGGGUGACGCACAUUGAGUCCAUCCUGCGUCUUGCCAAGUCGUCCUACUUGGCCCCCUUCAUGAAACUGGCCCAGCAGAUCCAGGACGGCUUCCAUCAAGCACAGUCCAACCUGACGUUCCUGUCGAUCCUGAAGGAGCCCUAUCAGGAGCUGGCCUCCAUGCGCCCGAGGGACAUCUCCAGUAAGCUCCCCAAGCUCAUCAGUCUCAUCCGCAUCAUCUGGGUCAACUCCCCGCACUACAACACCCGGGAGAGACUGACCUCCCUCUUCCGGAAGAUGAGCAACGAGAUCAUCCGCCUGUGCUGCCGGGCCAUCUCUCUGGACCGCAUCUUCGAGGGCUACGUCACUUCCAGCAAGGAAGACCUCCAGGGCUGCAUCUCGUGCUGUCAGGCCUGGAAAGACCACUACCUGCAGGCGGUGCACAUGCACACCCAGUUCUCCAGCCGGGGCUGGGUCCUGGACCAGACCAGCAUAUUCGCUCAGGUGGAUGCGUUUGUGCAGCGCUGCAAGGACCUCAUUGAGGUCUGUGACUGCCAGUAUCAUUUUGCCCGCUGGGAAGAUGGCAACCAGGGGCCCCUUCCCUGCUUCUUCGGGGCCCAGGGACCCCAGGUCACACGGAACUUGCUGGAGAUCGAGGACAUCUUUCAUAAAAACCUCCAGAUGCUGCGGGCUGUGCGCGGGGGCAUCCUCGACGUCAAGAACGCGUCCUGGCACGAAGACUACAACAGGUUUCGUUCUGGAAUCAAGGACCUGGAGGUGAUGACUCAGAACCUGAUCACCUCCGCCUUCGAGUUAGUCCGAGAUGUGGAGCAAGGAGUCUUACUGCUGGACACCUUCCACCGGCUCUCGACGCGGGAGGCCAUCAAGCGCACCUACGACAAGAAGGCGGUGGAUUUGUACAUGCUGUUCAACAGCGAGCUGGCCCUGGUGAACCGGGAGCUGAACAAGAAGUGGCUGUACCUGGAGCCCUACAUGGCCCAGUUCUCGGGGCGCGCGCACUGGGUGCGGAUCCUGCGGCGGCGCAUCGACCGAGUCAUGAACUGUCUCUCUAGUGCCCACUUCCUGCCCCACAUCGGGACCGGAGAGGAGAGUGUGCACACCUACCAGCAGAUGGUCCAGGCCAUGGACGAACUGGUUCGAAAGACCUUCCAAGACUGGACGGCCACGCUCGACAAAGACUGCAUUCGGCGGCUGGACACGCCGCUGCUACGGGUCAGCCAGGAGAAGGCGGGCAUGCUGGAUGUCAACUUUGACAAGUCCCUGCUGAUUCUCUUUGUGGAGAUCGACUACUGGGAGCGGCUGCUGUUUGAGACGCCCCAUUACGUGGUGAAUGUCGCCGAGCGAGCAGAGGACCUGCGGAUUCUUCGGGAAAACCUGCUCCUGGUGGCUCGAGACUACAAUCGGAUCAUUGCCAUGCUGUCCCCGGAUGAGCAGGCCCUCUUCAAAGAGCGCAUCCGAUUUCUGGAUAAGAAGAUCCACCCUGGACUCAAGAAGCUGCACUGGGCCUUGAAGGGGGCCAGCGCCUUCUUCAUCACCGAGUGCCGCAUCCACGCCAGCAAGGUGCAGACCAUCGUGAACGAGUUCAAGGCCUCCACUCUGACCAUCGGCUGGCGAGCCCAAGAAAUAUCCGAGACGCUGCUGGUGCGCAUCAGUGGCAAGCGGGUGUACAGGGGCCUGGAGUUUGAGGAGGACCAGCGGGAGCACCGUGCGGCCGUGCAGCAGAAGCUGCUGGACCUGCACCAGGGCGUGGUGGCCAUCCUGACCAGCUCCUAUGAGGUCUUCAAGAACGAUGGCCCUGAGAUCCAGCAGCAGUGGAUACUGUACACCGUCCGCCUCGACCGCAUGGUGGAGGAAGCCCUGCGCCUCAACGUGAAGUGGUCGCUGCUGGAACUGUUGAAGGCCAUCAACGGGGACGGAAAGACCAUGCCCAACCCACUCUUCCGAGUCCUGGUCACCCUGCAGAGCGACACACAGGGAGGUGUGGCGCAGGUGGAAUUCUCCCCCACGCUGCAGACUCUGGCGAGCGUGGUCAAUGACACGGGCAGCCACCUCUUCUCCACCAUCUCCGUCUUCCGCCACCUCCCCGAAAUUCUCAUCCGGCGCAAGUUUCAUCGCGACCCUAUCCACGUCAUCGUGGAACGAGACGAGGACAUCAGGAAGAUCCAGGCCCAGAUCAGCAGCGGCGUGGCGAACAACGCCAGCCUCCUGCAGAACUACCUCAAGACCUGGGACAUGUACCGGGAGAUCUGGGAGAUCAACAAGGACUCCUUCAUCCGCCGCUAUCAGCGUCUUAACCCCCCUGUGUCUUCUUUCGAUGCCGACAUCGCCCGCUACACCGAGGUCGCCAACAACGUGCAGAAGGAGGAGACGGUCCUCAACAUCCAGUUCGUGCUGCUGGACUGCUCCCACCUCAAGUUCUCGCUGGUGCAGCACUGCAACGAGUGGCAGAGCAAGUUCACGACCCUGCUCAAGGAGAUGGCGGCCCGGCGCCUCCUGGAGCUCCACACCUACCUGAGGGAGAACGCUGAGAAAAUCAGCCACCCGCCCCAGACCCUGGAGGAACUGGGGGCCAGCCUGCAGCUCAUGGACACCCUGCAGCACGACCUGCCCUGCCUGGAGGCCCAGAUCCCCCCCAUCCACGAGCAGUUCGCCAUCCUCGAGAAGUACGAGGUGCCGGUGCAGGACAGCGUCCUGGAGAUGCUGAACAGCCUCAAUGGGGAGUGGGUCACCUUCCAACAAACCGUGCUGGACAGCGAGCUGAUGCUCAAGAAACACAAGGAGAAGUUCAAGACAGGCCUCAUCCACUCGGCUGAUGAUUUCAAGAAGAAAGCCCACAAUCUUCUGGAGGACUUUGAAUCCAAAGGCCCCUUCACCAGUAACGUGGGCCAUCAGUCGGCGCUCGAUCAGAUCGCCCAGAUGCGGGCCAUGCUGGCCGCCAUGCGGGAGGAAGAAAGCGGUCUCCGCUCCAACCUGGGCAUCUUCAAGAUCGAGCAGCCCGUCUCCAAGGACCUGCAGAACUUGGAGAAGGAGCUGGACGCCCUGCAGCAGAUCUGGGAGGCCACGCGGGACUGGGAAGAGAGCUGGAGCCGGUGGAAGACGGGCCGCUUCCUCGACCUGCAGACGGAGGCCAUGGAGGCCGUGGCCCACGGGCUGUCCCGCCGCCUCCUGAGGCUCGCCAAAGAGUACAAGGACCGCAACUGGGAGGUUAUCGAAACCACGCGCUCGAAAAUAGAGCAGUUCAAGAGGACCGUGCCUCUCAUCUCGGACCUGCGCAACCCGGCCCUCAGAAGGAGGCACUGGGAUCAGGUCCGGGAGGAGAUCCAGCGCGAGUUCGACCAGGAGUCUGACAGCUUCACCCUGGAGCAGAUCGUGCAGCUUGGGAUGGACCAGCACGUGGAGAAAAUUGGGGAGAUCUCGGCCUCGGCGACCAGAGAGCUGGCCAUAGAGUUGGCCUUACAGAACAUCGCCAAGACCUGGGAAGUCAUCCAGCUGGACAUAGUUCCCUACAAGGACAAGGGCCACCACCGGCUCAGAGGCACAGAGGAGGUGUUCCAGGCGCUGGAGGACAACCAGGUGGCCCUGUCCACCAUGAAGGCUUCUCGUUUCGUCAUGGCCUUUGAGAAGGAGGUGGACCACUGGGAGCGCUGCCUGUCCCUCAUUCUGGAGGUCGUGGAGAUGGUGCUCACUGUGCAGCGGCAGUGGAUGUACCUGGAGAACAUCUUCCUGGGGGAGGACAUCCGCAAGCAGCUGCCCAGCGAGUCGGCCCUGUUCGACCAGAUCAACAGCACCUGGAAGUGCAUCAUGGACCGGAUGAGCAAGGACAGCAACGCCCUGCGCAGCACCCACCACCCAGGCCUCCUGGACACGCUGAUCGAAAUGAACAUGAUUCUGGAAGACAUUCAGAAGUCUCUAGAUAUGUAUUUGGAGACCAAGCGCCACACUUUUCCCCGCUUCUACUUCCUGUCCAAUGACGACCUCCUGGAGAUCCUCGGCCAGUCCCGCAACCCGGAGGCCGUGCAGCCACACCUCAAGAAAUGCUUUGACAACAUCAAAUUGCUGAGAAUGCAGAAGGUUGGGGGCCCCAGCAGCAAGUGGGAAGCUGUGGGAAUGUUCUCGGGCGAUGGCGAGUAUGUGGACUUCCUCCACUCAGUAUUCUUAGAAGGGCCCGUGGAGUCCUGGCUUGGCGAUGUGGAGCGGGCCAUGAAGGUGACCCUGCGGGACGUCCUCCGUGCCUGCCGCGUGGCCCUCAAGAAGUUUCUCAACAAGAGGGACAAGUGGGUGAAGGAGUGGGCUGGCCAGAUGGUGAUCACUGCCAGUCAGAUCCAGUGGACGGCCGAUGUCACCAAGUGCCUGAUGACGGCCAAGGAGCGGGGGGACAAGAAGAUCCUCAAGGUCAUGAAGAAGAAGCAGGUGUCAGUGCUGAAUAAGUAUUCGGAGGCCAUCCGGGGGAACUUGACCAAAAUCAUGCGGCUUAAGAUUGUGGCCCUGGUGACGAUAGAGGUGCACGCCCGGGACGUGCUGGAGAAGCUGUAUAAGAGCGGCCUCAUGGACAUCAGCUCCUUCGACUGGCUCAGCCAGCUCCGCUUCUACUGGGAGAAGGAUUUUGACGACUGUAUGAUCCGCCAGACCAACACGCAGUUCCAGUAUGGCUAUGAGUACCUGGGGAACUCCGGGCGGCUCGUCAUCACCCCCCUGACUGACAGGUGUUACAUGACGCUGACCACGGCGCUGCACCUGCACCGAGGGGGGUCCCCCAAGGGCCCGGCGGGCACGGGGAAAACCGAGACCGUCAAGGAUCUGGGCAAGGCCCUCGGCACUUACGUCAUUGUGGUCAACUGCUCCGAGGGCCUGGACUACAAGUCCAUGGGCAGGAUGUACUCGGGCCUGGCCCAGACCGGCGCCUGGGGCUGCUUUGACGAGUUUAACCGAAUCAACGUGGAGGUGCUGUCGGUGGUGGCCCAGCAGAUACUGUCCAUCCUGUCGGCCCUGGCUGCCAGCCUCACCCGCUUCCAUUUCGAAGGCUUUGAAAUAAACCUGGUGUGGUCCUGUGGGAUCUUCAUCACCAUGAAUCCUGGCUACGCUGGCCGCACUGAGCUGCCCGAUAACCUCAAAUCCAUGUUCCGCCCGAUUGCCAUGGUGGUGCCGGACUCCACUCUCAUCGCCGAGAUCAUUCUCUUUGGGGAGGGCUUCGGCAACUGCAAGAUCCUGGCCAAGAAGGUGUACACGCUGUACUCGCUGGCCAUGCAGCAGCUGUCCAGACAGGACCAUUACGACUUUGGCCUGCGGGCCCUCACCUCCCUCCUGCGCUACGCGGGCAAGAAGCGCCGUCUGCAGCCCGACCUGUCUGACGAAGAGAUUUUGCUGCUCUCCAUGCGGGACAUGAACAUCGCCAAGCUGACCUCGGUCGACGUGCCGCUCUUCAACGCCAUCAUGCACGACCUGUUCCCCGGCACCGAGCUGCCCGUCAUCGACUACGGCAAGCUGCGGGACACCAUCGAGCAGGAGACCCGCGACAUGGACCUGCAGCCCACGCCGUUCACGCUCACCAAGGUGAUCCAGCUGUACGAGACCAAGAGCUCGCGCCACUCCGCCAUGAUCGUGGGCUGCACGGGCAGCGGCAAGACGGCCUCGUGGCGGGUGCUGCAGGCCUCCCUGUCCUCGCUGUGCCGCGCCGGAGACCCCAACUUCAACAUCGUUCGGGAGUUCCCCCUGAACCCCAAGGCCUUGUCCCUGGGGGAGCUGUAUGGGGAAUACGACCUCAACACCAACGAGUGGACAGACGGCGUCCUGUCCAGCGUCAUGCGGGCGGCCUGUGCAGACGAGAAGCCCGACGAGAAGUGGAUCCUCUUCGACGGCCCCGUGGACACACUGUGGAUUGAGAGCAUGAACUCCGUCAUGGACGAUAACAAAGUCCUGACCCUCAUCAAUGGGGAGCGCAUCUCCCUGCCUGAGCAGGUGUCACUGCUGUUCGAGGUGGAGAACCUGGCCGUGGCCUCUCCCGCCACCGUGUCGCGCUGCGGGAUGGUCUACACGGACUACGCUGACCUGGGCUGGAAGCCGUACGUUCAGUCCUGGCUGGAGAAGAGGCCAAAGGCCGAGGCCGAGCCCCUUCAGCGCAUGUUCGAGAAGUUCAUCAACAAGAUGCUGACCUUCAAGAAGGAUUAUUGCAACGAGCUGGUGACUGUCCCGGAAUACAGUGGGAUCAUCUCCCUCUGCAAGCUGUACUCGGUUCUGGCCACUCCAGAGAAUGGGGUGAACCCGGCCGACAGCGAGAACUACGUGACCAUGGUAGAGCUGACCUUCGUGUUCAGCAUGAUCUGGUCCGUGUGCGCCUCCGUGGACGAGGAGGGGCGCAAGAAGAUCGACAGUUACCUCCGAGAGAUUGAGGGCUCCUUUCCCAACAAGGACACGGUGUACGAGUACUUUGUGGACCCCAAGAUGCGAAGCUGGACAUCAUUUGAAGAGAAGCUCCCCAAGAGCUGGCGUUACCCCCCGAACUCCCCCUUCUACAAGAUCAUGGUGCCCACGGUCGACACCGUUCGCUACAACUACCUGGUGAGCGCACUGGUGGCCAAGCAGAAACCCGUCCUGCUGGUGGGUCCCGUGGGGACCGGCAAGACGUCCAUCGCCCAGAGCGUCCUGCAGUCCUUGACGUCCAGCCAGUGGUCCGUGCUCACCGUCAACAUGUCUGCUCAGACCACGUCCAAUAACGUGCAGAACAUCAUCGAGAGCAGGGUGGAGAAGCGAACCAAGGGGGUCUACGUGCCGUUUGGGGGUAAAAGCAUGAUCACCUUCAUGGAUGACCUUAACAUGCCGGCCAAGGACAUGUUUGGGUCCCAGCCCCCCCUGGAACUGAUCCGCCUCUGGAUUGACUAUGGCUUCUGGUACGAUCGCAUGAAGCAGACCAUCAAGUACAUUCGAGACAUGUUCCUGAUGGCUGCCAUGGGCCCUCCCGGGGGCGGACGGACCAUCAUCUCCCCAAGACUGCAGAGCCGCUUCAACAUCAUCAACAUGACCUUCCCCACAGAGUCCCAGAUCAUCCGGAUAUUUGGCACCAUGAUCAAUCAGAAGCUUCAGGACUUUGAGGAAGAGGUGAAGCCCAUCGGGAACGGCCUCCCACCCUGCCUAGUCUUCUCUGACCGUCUGGUGGAUGCUGCAGACAUGGAGGCCUUCAUGUGCAUCAUCAGCGACAAACUAGGCUCUUUCUUUGACCUCACAUUUCAUAAUCUUUGUCCCAACAAACGUCCUCCCAUCUUCGGGGACUUCAUGCGGGAGCCCAAGGUGUACGAGGACCUGACGGACCUGGCGGCGCUGAAGGCGGCCAUGGAGACGGCCCUCCGCGAGUACAACCUGUCCCCCACCGUGGUCCCCAUGCAGCUGGUGCUCUUCCGCGAGGCUAUUGAGCACAUCACACGGAUCGUGCGGGUCAUCGGACAGCCGCGGGGCAACAUGCUCCUGGUGGGCAUCGGGGGCAGCGGGCGCCAGAGUCUGGCCCGCCUGGCCUCCUCCAUCUGCGAGUACACCACCUUCCAGAUCGAGGUCACCAAGCAUUACCGGAAGCAGGAGUUUCGCGAAGAUAUCAAGCGCCUGUACCGCCAGGCAGGGGUGGAGCUCAAGGCCACGUCCUUCCUCUUCGUGGACACCCAGAUUGCCGACGAGUCCUUCCUGGAGGACAUCAACAACAUCCUGAGCUCGGGCGAGGUCCCCAAUCUCUACAAGGCCGAGGAGUUCGAAGAGAUCCAGACGCUCAUCUCGGAGCAGGCCAAGGCCGAGCAGCUGCCCCAGUCCUCCGACAGCCUCUUCGCCUACCUCAUUGAGCGCGUGCGCAACAACCUGCACAUCAUUCUCUGCCUCAGCCCCGUGGGCGACCCCUUCAGGAACUGGGUCCGCCAGUACCCGGCCUUGGUGAACUGCACCACCAUCAACUGGUUCUCAGAGUGGCCCCGCGAGGCCCUGCUGGAGGUGGCCGAGAAGUCCCUCAUGGGCGUGGACCUGGGCACGCAGGAGAAUAUCCACAGGAAGGUGGCCAAGAUCUUCGUCACCAUGCACUGGUCCGUGGCGCAGUACUCGCAGCGGAUGCUGCUGGAGCUGCGGAGGCACAACUAUGUCACGCCCACCAACUACCUGGAGCUUGUGUCAGGAUAUAAGAAGUUGCUGGGGGAGAAGCGGCAGGAGCUUCUGGACCAGGCCAGCAAGCUGCGGACGGGGCUGUUUAAGAUCGACGAGACCAGGGAGAAGGUGGAGGUGAUGUCCCUGGAGCUGGAGGAGGCCAAGAAGAAGGUGGCCGAGUUCCAGAGGCAGUGUGAGGAGUACCUGGUCAUCAUUGUGCAGCAGAAGCGGGAGGCGGAUGAGCAGCAGAAGGCCGUCACAGCCAACAGUGAGAAGAUCGCAGUCGAGGAAGUCAAGUGCCAGGCACUGGCUGACAAUGCCCAGAAGGAUCUAGAAGAAGCGUUGCCAGCCCUGGAAGAGGCCAUGCGGGCUCUGGAGUCCCUGAACAAGAAGGACAUAGGCGAGAUCAAGUCGUACGGUCGGCCCCCCGCACAAGUGGAGAUGGUGAUGCAGGCAGUCAUGAUCCUUCGGGGCAACGAGCCCACGUGGGCGGAGGCCAAGAGGCAGUUAGGUGAACAGAACUUCAUCAAGUCGCUGAUCCACUUUGACAAAGACAACAUCUCGGACAAGGUUCUGAAGAAGAUCGGGGCCUACUGCGCCCAGCCCGACUUCCAGCCUGACAUCAUCGGCCGCGUGUCGCUUGCGGCCAAGUCCCUGUGCAUGUGGGUGCGGGCCAUGGAGCUGUACGGGCGGCUGUACCGCGUGGUGGAGCCCAAGCGGAUCAGGAUGAACGUGGCCUUGGCCCAGCUUCAGGAGAAGCAGGCGGCGCUGGCGGAGGCCCAGGAAAAGCUGCGGGAGGUGGCCGAGAAGCUGGAGAUGCUGAAGAAGCAGUAUGAUGAGAAGCUGGCCCAGAAGGAGGAGCUGCGCAAGAAGUCGGAGGACAUGGAGGUGAAGCUGGAGCGAGCCGGGCUGCUGGUGUCGGGGCUGGCCAGCGAGAAGGCGCGCUGGGAGGAGACUGUCCAGGGCCUGGAGGAGGAUCUGGGCUACCUGGUAGGUGACUGUCUCCUGGCCGCCGCCUUCCUGUCCUACAUGGGCCCUUUUCUGACCAACUACCGGGAGGAGAUCGUCAACCAGAUCUGGAUCAGGAAGAUCUGGGAGCUUCAGGUGCCUUGCUCACCGCGCUUCACCUUUGAUAACUUCCUGUCCAACCCGACCAAAGUUCGGGACUGGAACAUCCAAGGGUUGCCUUCGGACGCCUUCUCCACCGAGAAUGGCAUCAUCGUCACCCGGGGCAACAGGUGGGCCCUGAUGAUUGACCCUCAGGCCCAGGCCCUGAAGUGGAUCAAGAACAUGGAAGGAAACCACGGCCUCCAGGUUAUCGACCUGCAGAUGAGCGACUACCUUCAAAUUCUAGAAAAGGCCAUCCAGUUUGGAUAUCCAGUGCUGCUCCAGAACGUUCAGGAAUAUCUGGACCCCACACUCAACCCUGUGCUCAACAAAUCUGUAGCCCGAAUCGGGGGCCAGCUGCUGAUGCGCAUCGCAGAUAAGGAGGUGGAGUACAACCCCGAUUUCCGUUUCUACAUCACCACCAAGCUCUCCAACCCCCACUACAGCCCUGAGACCUCGGCCAAGACCACCAUCGUCAACUUUGCCGUCAAGGAACAGGGCCUGGAGGCUCAGCUGCUGGGCAUCGUGGUCCGGAAGGAGCGGCCGGAGCUGGAGGAGCAGAAGGACUCGCUGGUCAUCAAUAUCGCCGCCGGCAAGAGAAAGCUCAAGGAGCUUGAGGACGAGAUCCUUCGGCUGCUGAAUGAGGCCACGGGCUCCCUGCUCGACGACGUGCAGCUGGUGAACACCCUGCGCACGUCCAAGAUGACCGCCACCGAGGUGUCCGAGCAGCUGGAGACCAGCGAGACCACGGAGAUCAACAUCGACCUGGCCCGCGAGGCUUACCGCCCGUGUGCCCAGCGGGCGUCCGUUCUGUUCUUCGUGCUCAACGACAUGGGCCGCAUCGACCCCAUGUACCAGUUCUCGCUGGACGCCUACAUCAACCUCUUCAUCCUCAGCAUCGACAAGAGCCACCGCAGCAACAAGCUGGAGGACCGCAUCGACUACCUGAACGAGUACCACACCUACGCCGUGUACAGGUACACCUGCCGCACCCUCUUUGAGCGCCACAAGCUGCUAUUCAGCUUCCAGAUGUGCGCCAAGAUCCUGGAGACCUCGGGCAAGCUCAACAUGGACGAAUACAACUUCUUUCUCCGCGGGGGCCUGGUCCUGGACCGCGAGGGCCAAAUGGACAACCCGUGUCCGGGCUGGCUGGCCGACGCCUACUGGGACAACAUCACAGAGCUAGACAAGCUCACCAACUUCCACGGGCUCAUGAACUCCUUCGAGCAGUACCCUCGGGACUGGCACCUGUGGUAUACCAGCGCCAGCCCGGAGAAGGCCAUGUUGCCAGGUGAGUGGGAAAACGCCUGCAAUGAGAUGCAGCGAAUGCUGAUCGUGCGCUCCCUGCGCCAGGACCGGGUGGCCUUCUGUGUCACCUCGUUCAUCGUCUCCAACCUCGGCUCCCGCUUCAUCGAGCCGCCCGUGCUAAACAUGAAGCUGGUGGUGGAGGAUUCGACCCCGCGCACCCCGCUGGUGUUCAUCCUGUCUCCGGGUGUGGACCCCACUGGUGCCCUGCUCCAGCUGGCGGAGCACACGGGCAUGGCCCAGCGCUUCCACGCCCUGUCCCUGGGCCAGGGCCAGGCCCCCAUUGCCGCCCGGCUCCUGCGAGAGGGUGUCAUUCAGGGACACUGGGUGUUCCUAGCCAACUGCCACCUGUCACUGUCCUGGAUGCCCAACCUGGACAAACUGGUGGAACAGCUGCAGGUGGAGGACCCCCACCCUUCCUUCCGCCUCUGGCUCAGCUCCAGCCCGCACCCCGAGUUCCCCAUCUCCAUCCUGCAGGCCAGCAUCAAGAUGACCACAGAGCCGCCGAAGGGCCUGAAGGCCAACAUGACGCGCCUCUACCAGCUGAUGACGGAAACGCAGUUUUCUCGCUGCUCCAAACCGGCCAAAUAUAAGAAGCUGCUCUUUGCCCUCUGUUUCUUCCACUCCGUGUUGCUGGAGCGCAAAAAGUUCCUGCAGCUCGGCUGGAACAUCAUCUACGGCUUCAACGACUCGGACUUUGAGGUGUCCGAGAACUUGCUGGGUCUCUACCUGGAGGAGUACGAGGAGACACCCUGGGAUGCUCUCAAGUACCUCAUCGCAGGCGUCAACUACGGCGGGCACGUCACGGAUGACUGGGACCGGCGGCUGCUCACCACCUACAUCAACGAGUAUUUCUGUGACCAGGCUCUGUCAACCCCCUUCUACCGGUUGUCAGCCCUGGAGACUUACUACAUCCCCAAAGACGGGGGUCUGGCGUCUUACAAGGAAUACAUCAGCAUGUUGCCCAGCAUGGACCCGCCCGAGGCCUUCGGCCAGCACCCCAAUGCGGAUGUGGCCUCCCAGAUCACUGAGGCACGGACUCUCUUUGAGACUCUGCUGUCCCUGCAGCCCCAGAUCACACCGGUCAGCGCCGGAGGCCAGAGCCGGGAAGAGAAAGUCCUCGAGCUGGCUGCCGACGUGAAGCAGAAAAUCCCUGAAAUGAUCGACUACGAGGGGACCCGCAAACUGCUGGCCAUGGACCCCUCCCCCCUCAACGUGGUUCUUCUGCAGGAGAUCCAGAGAUACAACAAGCUUAUGGAGACCAUCCUGUUGUCACUGACAGAUCUAGAAAAAGGCAUCCAGGGCCUGAUCGUCAUGUCUACGAGCCUGGAAGAGAUUUUCAAUUGCAUCUUCGACGCCCACGUCCCUCCGCUCUGGGGAAAGGCAUACCCCUCGCAAAAGCCACUAGCGUCGUGGACGCGGGACCUGGCCACCCGCGUGGAGCAGUUCGAGCUGUGGGCCAGCCGGGCCCGGCCGCCCGUCCUCUUCUGGCUGUCGGGCUUCACCUUCCCCACCGGCUUCCUCACGGCCGUGCUGCAGUCUUCCGCGCGCCAGAAUAACAUUUCGGUGGACAGCCUCUCUUGGGAGUUUAUUGUUUCCACCGUGGACGACAGCAACCUCGUGUAUCCACCCAAGGACGGCGUGUGGGUCCGGGGCCUGUACCUAGAAGGCGCCGGCUGGGACCGGAAGAACUCCUGCCUGGUGGAGGCGGACCCCAUGCAGCUCGUCUGCCUCAUGCCCACCAUCCACUUCAGGCCCGCAGAGAGUCGCAAGAAAACGGCCAAGGGCACGUACUCCUGUCCCUGCUAUUACUAUCCCAUCCGGGCGGGCAGCUCAGACCGGGCCUCCUUCAUCAUUGGCAUCGACCUCCGCUCUGGGACCAUGACAUCCGAUCACUGGAUCAAGAGGGGCACCGCUCUACUCAUGAGCCUGGACAGCUGAGGAGGCCUCGUCUUCCUCCCCGCUUGAGGGAGGGUCGGGGACUCUGGAGGCCAAGACUGAUCAUGCACUUGGGACUAGGGCUGGACUUCACUCUGGCCUUGACCGUGACUGACUGUGCCGCGUGACCCUGGAGAUAGCCUUUAAUAAAGGUGGAAGGAUUGCAUCGGA